GGCCACCGAACGUUGCCGUCAGUAGUUCGGGUGUUGGCGUCGUCACGCCGCGUCGGUUUCGCGGGAAAAAUAUCGCACGCACACGCGGACCACCCACCCCAUUCGGACGUCGAAAAAAACCGAAACUCUAAACGUUUCCGGAAACGGACGGAGAACGGGGCACCCACGGGGGCAGACCUCGCGACCCGCAUCGUUUGAGCCCGUUCGGCAGUUUUUUUUUCGUACGUUAAUUUCAUUUAAAAUUGAUUUGAUUUUGUUCUCGCACCGUUUCACGUGCCACCGACGUGAUAACGCAGAGUAUUACUCCAUCGUGAAGAAACGAUACGAUAAGGUAAUAUCGCAUGAAAACGGUCGUUCUAGUGUUAUGUAAAAGCGCAUAUAUAACUAUUGUGGUGAGCCCGAGUACCUAAUGUACCAACGCACUUAUGCCGUCUGUGGUUGUUCGCUUCAAUGGUUCAAAAAAGUGUGUUAAUUCACCGUCUUCCGCUUACGCAUUUCUGUGACGUUAGUGCGCGAGUAAAAUCUAAAGCAGGGAUCCUCGGAAAGGCACAGGACUUUUGUACUUCCUAUUUACGUACAUUUUUCAACGGCAUAAUAUUAUAAUAUAAGAAUCAUGUGACAAAAAGAUACCGACUCUCAAGCUGCACUGUUUACUCACAUCUGUCAAAUGAUUAAUUUGCAAUGGAGUUGGUGAGACGAAUGGAUAAACUGACCCGAACCAACGUCAUUGACGAUUGAAAUUACAAUCGUAUUUAUGGGUGAUCAGACGUGUGUGGAGAGCGACGAGAAGCGUGGACGGACCAUGUCCACCGAUACGGCGCCGAACUGUGGUUACGGUAGCAGCGAGGAGACCGCAUCGCUGCUGGUCAAGAGCCCGCCGCCGGUCGUCCGGUCUUCGUCGGUGGCGGCCGCGACCUCUUCCCCGGCCGCCACCACCGCAGCUCCCGGCACUUCCACGUCGUCCGGGAAGCCCGUGCUGACCCGACAGGACUGCACCACGUCGCUGAUCCCGCACCACUACCGUGACCUGCGGAACGCCACGCCGACGCUCGGCAGUAGCGAUGACAGCGGGCCGCCCAACGACGGGGGUGCGGCGGCUAGGUCGGUGCCGGACAUCGAGCUCCACUGCCGAUACUUGGCGGUGUCUCGGUGCCAGUGCCUGCGACGCAAAAGCCACUGCAUUUCACGGUCAGUGUCCCGCGAGAGCGUCCGCGGCGGUUGCGGCUCGGUAGGCGGCGGCGUCGGCGGAGUGGGCGGCAGUGGUGUCGGCGGCAUGGCCGGCGCCACCGGUUGUCCGGCGGCCGGUUGCGGAUACGGUUACGGCGCCGGCGGUUGCGGCUCGAUCGGCGGCGGCGGCGGUGUCGGAUCCGCAUACGGACUGUCGCCGCCGCCGCCCGUCCUGCUCACCACGUCGCCCAGCUCACGGAUCAUCAGGCAGAGCUCGCAGCCCGAGGCCACCGGCAACGCGUCCAUGUGCUCUGGCCACUGUUGCCACAACAUUCACCAUCAGCCCAGCUCGUCGCUGCGGCAGCUCCGCGACCCGGCCGACAAUAUAGCCAUGAUCGCGGCCGACUCCCUGCGGAUAAAUGGCGCGAUCAGACAAUUCCGACAGCUGCGAAAGCACACGUCAUCGACAUUGUCGAUCACUAGUGGGAUGAAGGUUAGCGGUUCAGGUGGCCGAGGCGAUAGCGGCGUAGUGGGCGAGGAAGCCGGCAUAGCAUUGGUUAGCAUACAUUCCGACUAUCCCCGCUACACCGAAGAACGUACCGGGUUGGUGUGCAAGGGUACCAGCUUAGUAGGUUCCAGUGGUAAUAUAACCGGCAGUAAACACAAACCAAACGUCGGAUACAGACUGGGUAGGCGUAAAGCACUUUUCGAAAAACGAAAAAGAAUCAGUGAUUACGCUCUAGUGAUGGGAAUGUUUGGAAUUAUAAUCAUGGUCAUCGAGAAUGAGUUGGCCAGUGCAGGAGUAUACUCAAAAACGUCAUUCUAUUCUACGUCACUGAAAACGCUCAUAUCCGUAUCCACCAUCAUUCUGCUGGGUUUGAUCAUGGCCUACCACGCGCUCGAAGUACAGUUGUUCAUGAUUGACAAUUGCGCGGACGACUGGCGGAUCGCGAUGACGUGGCAGCGGAUCGCCACCAUCACGAUGGAGCUGGUGAUCUGCGCGAUCCACCCGAUCCCUGGCGAGUAUUACUUCGAGUGGAAAACCAAGUUGGCCAACAAGCAUGGAAAGCUGGAGACACGGUGGGUGCCGUACGACGUGCCGCUGUCGCUGCCGAUGUUCUUCCGGCUGUACCUCAUCUGCCGGGUCAUGUUGCUGCACAGCAAGCUGUUCACGGACGCAUCGUCCCGCAGCAUCGGCGCCCUGAACCGGAUCAACUUCAACACGAGGUUCGUGCUCAAGACGCUCAUGACCAUAUGCCCGGGCACGGUGCUCCUCGUGUUCAUGGUGUCCCUGUGGAUAAUCGCCAGCUGGACGCUCAGACAGUGCGAGAGGUUCCACGACGAGGACCACGCCAAUUACUUGAACUCGAUGUGGCUGAUAGCCAUCACGUUACUCAGUGUAGGCUACGGAGACAUUGUACCAAACACGUACUGCGGACGAGGCAUCACGCUCUCCUGCGGUAUUAUGGGUGCCGGGUGCACAGCUCUUCUAGUGGCUGUUGUGUCGCGAAAGAUGGAACUCUCUAGGGCAGAGAAACACGUCCAUAAUUUCAUGAUGGACACUCAACUUACAAAACGACUGAAAAACGCUGCGGCCAACGUUCUCAGGGAGACGUGGCUGAUCUACAAACACACUAGACUGGUGAAAAGGGUGAAUGCAGGCAGGGUUCGGACACACCAACGAAAAUUCUUGUUGGCCAUAUACGCGUUAAGAAAAGUGAAAAUGGACCAAAGAAAAUUAAUGGACAACGCAAAUACAAUAACAGACAUGGCCAAAACGCAGAAUACUGUUUAUGAAAUUGUAUCCGACAUGAGUAAUCGAUACGAUGCAUUUGAAGAACGUUUGGUAAAUCUCGAAGAUAAACUGGUAGCCUUACAAGAACAGCUGGAGCUGUUGCCGGAGAUCCUGACCCGGUGCAUAGCGCAGAACCAGCAGAACCUGCAGAACACCAGCAACCUGGCGUCGACGACGGAGUCCAGGCGCAACUUCCUGCACCCGGAAUCGGCGGCCGCGGUGGCCACCGGCGGCCUGAUGCAACCGUCCGUCUCGUCGCCGGCGGGCAGCAUGACCGGCGUCGGUGGCAACCCGCUCAUGUUCCCGUCGUCGUCGGGCGCCCCCGGCAUGAUGUUGGCCAUGGGCAACGGGUCGACGGUCAUGUCGCACUCGCGCAGCGUGCCGCCCAACCGGUGCCGGCGGCGCGUCACAUUACCACUGGCCCACCAGUCCCAUAUUGCCGCCCAUCAGCAGCCGGACGCCGCAUUUGGUGCCCGAGCCCAUCCAGCCGUCCAGCUGAGCCCACGCCCGACCGCCGCCCAUCGGAACAAAAAUAUGUCAGCGUUCAUUUUGAAAUCAGCCGAACGACUGGAAAAACUAUUCAAAAUCGUCUACGUACAACUUAUGUCGACGUUAAUAUAAUAAUAUAUUAUUAUUGUUAAAAUACUUAAGUAGAAUUAAUUAAUGUUAAACACAAAAAAAUACUUUGUUAUUUCUACUAGAAAUUAGUAAGAAUUGCUCAGAAUAUACAAGUGGAUUUUAAAAUUACGCAUAGGUCACGUUCAACGAGAUAUGUAGAAUUGUAUACGCCAAAAUGGCUUUUAUUUUUAUUUUUAUUUUUUUUUAAUAUUGUUAAAAUUUAUAAAUUUAUAAAAUUAAAUAUUAAAAUGUAAUUAUAUUAUUAAAUGUCUUAAUAGGUAGGUAUUUUAUCGCUUUAGAAUAAUUGCGCGUAACGUACAUUAUUAUAUUUUUCUACGAAAAUCGAUUCUAAAUAACCAAUAAAAUCUUUAUAACAAUAUUAAAUAAUAUUAAUAUUAAAUAUAUAAAUUAAUAAUUAAAUAAUCAUUCAUAAAAUAUAUAAUAUAUUCGGUAGAGCUUCUAAAUGUUUUAAGAAUUAACAAUUUGGAAUAAAAUAUAAUUUGACUAUACAUAAUAAUAUAUAUGGUGUCCAAGCGAUAACUCUUGAAUGAACGAAUAAAUUGCAAACAUUUUAUACACAUUACAACAAAUACAAAGUUUAAGGAACGUGCACCAAAUCCCCAUGGUAACGUACAUUUUAUUUUUGAAUAAUAUUGUUUUAAAUUACACCUAAGUUACAAACGAAAUUAAAAUUAUAGUUUAUCUUUUUUUUGUCACCCAUUUGUUUAUUUUUUUUUCUAUUCGUUCUAUAGUGUUCCUCCGGUAUAAUUAGGUAAGUAAAAAACAAUUAGCUCACAGAAAUUGCAUAGCAUAUACUAUAUAGGUACUUAUGUACUCGUAUAUACACUACAUUGUAUAAUGAGAUACUUGCAUUGACUAUAAUUUAAUGAAGUUAAAAUGAAAUUGAAUCACUGUAUUUAAAAUUUCAACGAAAUACAUAUCAUAGUGUUUAAUAGGUUUGAGCAUAGAUUAUAUUAUUUUCUAAUAAAUCUCAACGACUCGCUGGCAAUCCGAUAAGUGAUUUUACAAUAUUCGCAAGUUUUUAUAAGGGUUCACGAAAACAAAAGGGGACAUUUUGAAUCAGGACCAAAUCCGUAAUUAUAACUUAAAUAUUAUAUAUAUAUUGCUAUUAUAUUAUUAUAGUUUAUUAUUAUUAAAAUAAUUUUAAAUAUAUUCAAUGAGCGUUAAGUGUUAAAUUUUGAGUAACAUACUUACGUUAGGAACUAUAAGCUUUAUAUUUCACGUUUUCUUAAAAAAAAAAAAUAAUAAAUAAUAAAAUAUUUAAAUUCAUAUUAUAUAGCUAUGUUAUAUAUAAUAUACCUAUAUAAUAUAUACUUAAAUUUAUACCCCUGUUAUUGUUUACAUUUUCAUUAACUUUUUUUAAAAACUUAUUUAGAAGUGCCUUGAGUUAUCUUUAACUUUUACAUUUCAAUUUGUUAUUAUUAAAACAAGUAUUAUUAUGAUUUAUUAAUGCAUUUAAAUUUCAUUUAUUUGCUGUGUAAAAAGUAUAUUUUAAAACCCAUGAAAGUUAAAUGUGCCUUAAUGUGCUUAGGCCAAAUUAAGUUAAUGAAUUUUUUUCUAAAUAUUGUACGUAGAAGGCAUUACAAUUAGUCAUUUUUUUAAUUUGAAAAGGGUUGAAAACAAUGCAAUGUUUCACGUCCAUUCAAACAUUUUUUAUUUUUAUCAACCUACUAUAAUAGUUGUAUAAACACCGAUGACGAACUACUCAAUGUUCGCACUCCAGCAGCACGUCAUAAGUAGAUUCAGAUCGAAUAAAAGAAACACAAUUUAUUAAAUCAACUGUCACACAGUUGUCUUCUCAUUCACCACUAAAACAAACCUAAUCUAAGAUCUAUAGAAUAAAAAUAUUUUUUAAAAAAAACUUGAAGUAUUAUACUUUUUUCCACAAACUGUACGGAAAAUAAUAUCGCUGCCAAUUAUCUUACAAAAUAUAUAUUAUGUAACAAUUUAGUAAUUUUAUUUUCAAGUGAGUAAUCCAAUAGCAGGUAUAUAUAUUAUAUUAAUACCCACUUAUUACAAUAUUUUAUUUGUAUUUGUAUAAUAAUAAUUGUAUCCUAUUAAGUAUUAACUCUUGUAUCCAUUACAUUAUGUUUAUACUACUUAUGGUCGUUACUUUUUCGAUUUUUAUGCUAUGUUUAUUAGUUGGACAAAAUCAGCACAAAUAGUUUUAUUUUACUUAUAAUACCUAGCAUACUAUUAUUCUAAAUUAUAUCUACAUAUUAAUAUAUAUAUACCUAUGAAUAUAUUAUAUAUGUAUAUUAAAUGUAUGUUUUCUAAAAAUCCCUUUAAGAGAUUAUACAUUAAUUAUGUUAUAAAUCAUAUAAAUUGAUGGUGCAAACUUAAAAAACAAAGUUUGUUAUGUGUACUUUUUUUUUCAAUUACUUAGAGAAUUAAAAAUUAAAUACUUAUAAUAAUGAUGAAACAGUUCCGAUUUUGUGUAUUGUAUCGUAUAUUUUUUUUGUACAUGCGAUGUAAAUAAACUGUUGAGUAGUAUGUAA